AUGAAACGCCCAGGCACUGGUCCACAGGACACGCGUAAGAGAAGACGUGUCGAGCUCCCAGAGUAUCAUAAAGCUCCACAAGCGCUUGGCGCCGAUGGAGCCGAUGGAGAAUCGGUUUGGCCUGCGCCGAACGACCGCAUUUCUCUGGCACGCUCCUGCAUUCUAGAGGCCGCGAAGUCGGGAGAGCGGGUGAUGCUUGUUCCCGACAAGGACACAGAUGGCCUGGCUGCUGGUGUAAUAUUACAUCGCACGCUCGAGCUGCUCGGACUGCCUCCCAGCCAUAUCCAUGUGCAUCUGGUUGAAAAGGGCAAUGCGAUCUCUUCACCUGAAGAAAGAAGGCGAAUAGCAGAGAUAAAGCCAGACUUCAUCUUUGUUCUCGACCAGGGAUCUCGCGCGUGUCCGCCGUUGAGCACCAGCCAACACAAAGCAGUAAUUAUAGACCACCAUUAUGCACAUGAUGAUGACCAUCCUGAGGGAGCGCUACUGGUUACGGCUUGCAAUUCUCCGCCAAUAGCGACCAGCUCCCUUCUCACCUACACCAUCUGCUCAUCGCUGCACCCAGACGUGGAAGAAAAAUGCAACUGGCUUUGUGUAAUGGGCACACACGGCGAUCUGGGAAAUACGUUGAAAUGGGAACCUCCGUUCCCGAACAUGGACGAGGCGUUCCGGCGAUACACAAAGAGAGCGUUGAAUGACGCCGUGAGCCUCGUCAACGCGCCCAGAAGAACGGCCGCUUAUGACGUUCGAUCCGCUUGGAAUGCGCUGGCGCGUGCGACGGGGCCUGCCGAGAUACUACGAGACCGGAAGCUUCAAGAAGCGCGAGCGGAGAUCGCUCGCGAGGUCGAGCGCGUCACCCACGCGGCGCCGACGUUCUCCCACGACGUAAGGGUCGCCGUGUUCCGCAUCUCAAGCGCCGCACAGGUGCAUCCGAUCGUUGCCACGCGCUGGGCAGGGCAUCUGCAGUCUCCUCGACUCGAGAUUGUCCUCGUCGCCAACGACGGCUACGUGCCCGGUCAGGUCCAUUUCUCGUGCCGAGUGCCGCGGUGCGCGAGGGCACGAGACACGCCUGUAAACAUAAUCGAGUCCUUGAAGGCGCUCGCGGCCAGCAGCCCCUCUGGGGAUCUGCUGGAACGACUUGGAGAGUCAUUUGCUCGAGGACAUAAGGAGGCCAGCGGUGGCGUUGUCGGUAUGGCAGAGUUUGAGGAACUGAUGGCGCUUCUGCGUCUGGGAGAGAAGGCAGAGAAGACUAGUUCUAGCCGCCAAACUCCCAAAAAGACUGCGAGCCCACCAAAGCAGAAAAACAAGCUUACCAACUAUUUUAUCAAUACAGGCUCAAAACGCUGA